CGGCGACGCGCCAUGGUACACUCUGUCGGCCUCGUGGUCGUCCUCCUCGCCGCGUACCUCGUCGUGGCGCUCGCCGCGCAGGCUCCGGCUCCGGUGGCCUCCCAGAAGCCCGGUUCAGCGGCAGCACCCUCCAAGGCCUCCGCAAAGGCUCCUGCUUCGGUCCCCGAAAAGACCGCGAAAGCGCCCACGGCGGUGAACGCCACGUCCGCGGCUACUCCGAAGGCUGCACAGGCCAAGGCUCCGGCCGCCAAGACAGCGACGCCCGACCAUGCGCCCGCGAAGGGGUCCGCGUCGAGCCCGUCCGAAGCCGAAGCCGCGGAGUCUCCCGACGACGCCGAGGAUGAUUCAUUCGCCGAGACGCCGUCCUCCUCAUUGUCGGACGAUGACUCCGACACAGACGACGACAGCCCGCCAGGGCCUGCCGGCUCGCCAGACUCAGACUCGCCAGCUGACUCGCCUGACCCCGCCGCAGACGACGAGAGCGGCAGCGUCGGCGUGAGGAGUGGCCUGGUGGCCUCCGUCGUGGCCGUGGCCACCUCAGCCUCAGUCGUGCUUUUAUUUUAGAACAUCAUAGCUAAGUAGUGAUGUUAAAUGUACGGAGUGGAGUAUUACUUCAGUUGUAGACAUGAAUUUGUUCUCAGUUUUUGGUGAUUCUUGAGGGAGCCGUGGAGUGAUUAUGUGGCGCUUAAUUACUCCUCAAAAUAGUGUUGGAAA